AUGUGUGUAGCCAUCUUGGGAGAAGAAGAAGGCAGGGGAGAAGAAGAAGGCAGGGGAGAAGAAGAAGGCAGGGGAGAAGAAGAAGGCAGGGGAGAAGAAGAAGGCAAGGGAGAAGAAGAAGGCAAGGGAGAAGAAGAAGGCAAGGGAGAAGAAGAAGGCAAGGGAGAAGAAGAAGGCAAGGGAGAAGAAGAAGGCAAGGGAGAAGAAGAAGGCAAGGGAGAAGAAGAAGGCAAGGGAGAAGAAGAAGGCAAGGGAGAAGAAGAAGGCAAGGGAGAAGAAGAAGGCAAGGGAGAAGAAGAAGGCAAGGGAGAAGAAGAAGGCAAGGGAGAAGAAGAAGGCAAGGGAGAAGAAGAAGGCAAGGGAGAAGAAGAAGGCAAGGGAGAAGAAGAAGGCAAGGGAGAAGAAGAAGGCAAGGGAGAAGAAGAAGGCAAGGGAGAAGAAGAAGGCAAGGGAGAAGAAGAAGGCAAGGGAGAAGAAGAAGGCAAGGGAGAAGAAGAAGGCAAGGGAGAAGAAGAAGGCAAGGGAGAAGAAGAAGGCAAGGGAGAAGAAGAAGGCAAGGGAGAAGAAGAAGGCAAGGGAGAAGAAGAAGGCAAGGGAGAAGAAGAAGGCAAGGGAGAAGAAGAAGGCAAGGGAGAAGAAGAAGGCAAGGGAGAAGAAGAAGGCAAGGGAGAAGAAGAAGGCAAGGGAGAAGAAGAAGGCAAGGGAGAAGAAGAAGGCAAGGGAGAAGAAGAAGGCAAGGGAGAAGAAGAAGGCAAGGGAGAAGAAGAAGGCAAGGGAGAAGAAGAAGGCAAGGGAGAAGAAGAAGGCAAGGGAGAAGAAGAAGGCAAGGGAGAAGAAGAAGGCAAGGGAGAAGAAGAAGGCAAGGGAGAAGAAGAAGGCAAGGGAGAAGAAGAAGGCAAGGGAGAAGAAGAAGGCAAGGGAGAAGAAGAAGGCAAGGGAGAAGAAGAAGGCAAGGGAGAAGAAGAAGGCAAGGGAGAAGAAGGCAAGGGAGAAGAAGGCAAGGGAGAAGAAGGCAAGGGAGAAGAAGGCAAGGGAGAAGAAGGCAAGGGAGAAGAAGGCAAGGGAGAAGAAGGCACACCGCCGGAAAGGCACACCGCCGGAAAGGCACACCGCCGGAAAGGCACACCGCCGGAAAGGCACACCGCCGGAAAGGCACACCGCCGGAAAGGCACACCGCCGGAAAGGCACACCGCCGGAAAGGCACACCGCCGGAAAGGCACACCGCCGGAAAGGCACACCGCCGGAAAGGCACACCGCCGGAAAGGCACACCGCCGGAAAGGCACACCGCCGGAAAGGCACACCGCCGGAAAGGCACACCGCCGGAAAGGCACACCGCCGGAAAGGCACACCGCCGGAAAGGCACACCGCCGGAAAGGCACACCGCCGGAAAGGCACACCGCCGGAAAGGCACACCGCCGGAAAGGCACACCGCCGGAAAGGCACACCGCCGGAAAGGCACACCGCCGGAAAGGCACACCGCCGGAAAGGCACACCGCCGGAAAGGCACACCGCCGGAAAGGCACACCGCCGGAAAGGCACACCGCCGGAAAGGCACACCGCCGGAAAGGCACACCGCCGGAAAGGCACACCGCCGGAAAGGCACACCGCCGGAAAGGCACACCGCCGGAAAGGCACACCGCCGGAAAGGCACACCGCCGGAAAGGCACACCGCCGGAAAGGCACACCGCCGGAAAGGCACACCGCCGGAAAGGCACACCGCCGGAAAGGCACACCGCCGGAAAGGCACACCGCCGGAAAGGCACACCGCCGGAAAGGCACACCGCCGGAAAGGCACACCGCCGGAAAGGCACACCGCCGGAAAGGCACACCGCCGGAAAGGCACACCGCCGGAAAGGCACACCGCCGGAAAGGCACACCGCCGGAAAGGCACACCGCCGGAAAGGCACACCGCCGGAAAGGCACACCGCCGGAAAGGCACACCGCCGGAAAGGCACACCGCCGGAAAGGCACACCGCCGGAAAGGCACACCGCCGGAAAGGCACACCGCCGGAAAGGCACACCGCCGGAAAGGCACACCGCCGGAAAGGCACACCGCCGGAAAGGCACACCGCCGGAAAGGCACACCGCCGGAAAGGCACACCGCCGGAAAGGCACACCGCCGGAAAGGCACACCGCCGGAAAGGCACACCGCCGGAAAGGCACACCGCCGGAAAGGCACACCGCCGGAAAGGCACACCGCCGGAAAGGCACACCGCCGGAAAGGCACACCGCCGGAAAGGCACACCGCCGGAAAGGCACACCGCCGGAAAGGCACACCGCCGGAAAGGCACACCGCCGGAAAGGCACACCGCCGGAAAGGCACACCGCCGGAAAGGCACACCGCCGGAAAGGCACACCGCCGGAAAGGCACACCGCCGGAAAGGCACACCGCCGGAAAGGCACACCGCCGGAAAGGCACACCGCCGGAAAGGCACACCGCCGGAAAGGCACACCGCCGGAAAGGCACACCGCCGGAAAGGCACACCGCCGGAAAGGCACACCGCCGGAAAGGCACACCGCCGGAAAGGCACACCGCCGGAAAGGCACACCGCCGGAAAGGCACACCGCCGGAAAGGCACACCGCCGGAAAGGCACACCGCCGGAAAGGCACACCGCCGGAAAGGCACACCGCCGGAAAGGCACACCGCCGGAAAGGCACACCGCCGGAAAGGCACACCGCCGGAAAGGCACACCGCCGGAAAGGCACACCGCCGGAAAGGCACACCGCCGGAAAGGCACACCGCCGGAAAGGCACACCGCCGGAAAGGCACACCGCCGGAAAGGCACACCGCCGGAAAGGCACACCGCCGGAAAGGCACACCGCCGGAAAGGCACACCGCCGGAAAGGCACACCGCCGGAAAGGCACACCGCCGGAAAGGCACACCGCCGGAAAGGCACACCGCCGGAAAGGCACACCGCCGGAAAGGCACACCGCCGGAAAGGCACACCGCCGGAAAGGCACACCGCCGGAAAGGCACACCGCCGGAAAGGCACACCGCCGGAAAGGCACACCGCCGGAAAGGCACACCGCCGGAAAGGCACACCGCCGGAAAGGCACACCGCCGGAAAGGCACACCGCCGGAAAGGCACACCGCCGGAAAGGCACACCGCCGGAAAGGCACACCGCCGGAAAGGCACACCGCCGGAAAGGCACACCGCCGGAAAGGCACACCGCCGGAAAGGCACACCGCCGGAAAGGCACACCGCCGGAAAGGCACACCGCCGGAAAGGCACACCGCCGGAAAGGCACACCGCCGGAAAGGCACACCGCCGGAAAGGCACACCGCCGGAAAGGCACACCGCCGGAAAGGCACACCGCCGGAAAGGCACACCGCCGGAAAGGCACACCGCCGGAAAGGCACACCGCCGGAAAGGCACACCGCCGGAAAGGCACACCGCCGGAAAGGCACACCGCCGGAAAGGCACACCGCCGGAAAGGCACACCGCCGGAAAGGCACACCGCCGGAAAGGCACACCGCCGGAAAGGCACACCGCCGGAAAGGCACACCGCCGGAAAGGCACACCGCCGGAAAGGCACACCGCCGGAAAGGCACACCGCCGGAAAGGCACACCGCCGGAAAGGCACACCGCCGGAAAGGCACACCGCCGGAAAGGCACACCGCCGGAAAGGCACACCGCCGGAAAGGCACACCGCCGGAAAGGCACACCGCCGGAAAGGCACACCGCCGGAAAGGCACACCGCCGGAAAGGCACACCGCCGGAAAGGCACACCGCCGGAAAGGCACACCGCCGGAAAGGCACACCGCCGGAAAGGCACACCGCCGGAAAGGGGAGUGAGAGUGGUGCUGAGGAGAGUGAGAGUGGUGCUGACGAGGGUGAGAGUGGUGCUGACGAGGGUGAGAGUGGUGCUGACGAGGGUGAGAGUGGUGCUGACGAGGGUGAGAGUGGUGCUGACGAGGGUGAGAGUGGUGCUGACGAGGGUGAGAGUGGUGCUGACGAGGGUGAGAGUGGUGCUGACGAGGGUGAGAGUGGUGCUGACGAGGGUGAGAGUGGUGCUGACGAGGGUGAGAGUGGUGCUGACGAGGGUGAGAGUGGUGCUGACGAGGGUGAGAGUGGUGCUGACGAGGGUGAGAGUGGUGCUGACGAGGGUGAGAGUGGUGCUGACGAGGGUGAGAGUGGUGCUGACGAGGGUGAGAGUGGUGCUGACGAGGGUGAGAGUGGUGCUGACGAGGGUGAGAGUGGUGCUGACGAGGGUGAGAGUGGUGCUGACGAGGGUGAGAGUGGUGCUGACGAGGGUGAGAGUGGUGCUGACGAGGGUGAGAGUGGUGCUGACGAGGGUGAGAGUGGUGCUGACGAGGGUGAGAGUGGUGCUGACGAGGGUGAGAGUGGUGCUGACGAGGGUGAGAGUGGUGCUGACGAGGGUGAGAGUGGUGCUGACGAGGGUGAGAGUGGUGCUGACGAGGGUGAGAGUGGUGCUGACGAGGGUGAGAGUGGUGCUGACGAGGGUGAGAGUGGUGCUGACGAGGGUGAGAGUGGUGCUGACGAGGGUGAGAGUGGUGCUGACGAGGGUGAGAGUGGUGCUGACGAGGGUGAGAGUGGUGCUGAGGAGAGUGUUUUUGCUUUGGGAGGAGAGUGCCAUCAAGAUAACAGCCAUGGUAAGUGA